AUGCCGCCAUAUGCCACUCCGCCGCAGCGCGACUCCUGGUUCGCGCCGCUCUCGAUAGACCUCUUCGUCAAGGUCCUCAAGACCAGCUUCUUCCACCCCUUUAUCGCAUGGAUCGUCCCGCUCUGCUUCCGCGCCCAGAACAUGUUCUGGGACGCGCCGCCUAUGCUGGUGUCGAUUGCCUGGGCUUCCAUUAUCUCGUUGUCUUGGAUCGCCGGGGCUAUCAACAACAGGUUGGCGUUUGGCCUGCCGCGCGAGGUGGAUCUGAGCGAAGAGGUCAUCGUCAUCACGGGCGGCGCCAGCGGGCUGGGCCUGCUGAUUGCUGAGGUGUACGGGAUGCGCGGGGCCACGGUCGCCGUGCUGGACGUUGCGGAAAUGGAGAAUGGCGAGGCGCGAGGUGUCACAUACUACAAGUGCGACGUGACAGACAAGGACCAGCUCGCGCAGGUGGCAGCCAAGAUUGAGAAAGAUCUCGGCACUCCCACAAUCCUAAUCAACAACGCGGCCAUCGUCAUCGGCAAGCCCCUCCUCUCCAUGACCUUCCCCGAGAUCGACAAGUCCCUCACCACCAACCUCGUCAGCCACUUCUACACGCUCAAGACCUUCCUGCCAGCCAUGGCACGCAGCGAGGUUGGCGGCACCGUGGUCACCGUGUCGUCGGUCAUCGGCACGGUGGGCGCGGCGCACCUAACCGACUACGCGGCGGCCAAGGCCGGCAUCUCGGCGCUGCACCGCUCGCUCACGGCCGAGCUGCGCGCGUCGCACCCGCAGAUCCGCACUGUGCUCGUCACCCCGGGCCAGCUGAGCACCCCGCUCUUCUACGGCGUGCAGACCCCGAACCGCUUCCUCGCCCCCGUGGUGGAGCCCGUCGACGUCGCCAAGGAGGUGAUUGCCGCCAUCGACAACGGGAGGAACGCCGCCAUCGGCAUGCCGCUGUAUGCACGCUGGAUUGAUUGGUAUAACGUGCUGCCCGUCGGGCUCCAGGCGGUGGCGAGGAAGGUGGCCGGCGUGGAUACGGCUAUGAAGUCGUUUGUGGGGAGGAGAGGGUCGGCGAAAGAGAAGAAGGAAGGGCCUUUAAUACAGGGGUUUUAG